CGGCGCGGGCUGGUGGCGUCGGCGGCCGCCGUCUUCGCCUCGUCCCUGCGGCCAUCUUGGACUUCCCCUCUUCCCGCGCCCGCCCGCCCGCCGGCCGUCCGGGCGCUCAGGGGUGGUUCGCGCUCGGUGUCGUGGAGAGGUGCCGCCGCGGAGGCCGUCCAUGGUGGCGAGGCCGGGCGCCGACUAGGACACCUUCCCGCAGCAUGGACGUCGCCUCCGCCGCCGCGCCCCGCGCCCGCCGUGCCGGACCGGGACCCGCCCGCCGUCGCCGCGGCCCUCUGCGGCUCCGCUGCUGGCCCGGGGAGCGGCCCGGGGCGCCCACGCCGCCGCUGGGCACGGCCCGCGCCGUCUAGGCCCUCGGAGCCGCGCCGCCGCUGAGCCCGCGUCCCCGGCAGACCGCGCGACGGCGAUGGAGCCGGGCCGCUGCCUCCCGCCGCCCCUCGCCCUCCCUCGGCGCUCCCCGCGCGCGUCCGGGGACCCCGGCCCCGCGCGCUCGCCGCCGCCCGAGGCUCGGGCCGGCUCCUGGAGGAAGGGGCUCGCCCAGCUUCUCGCGCCGCUGCCCGGCCUGCUGCACAAGCUGCUGGAGUGGAGCCAGCUCCUCGGCGGGAUGCUUCCGGCCCGGUGGCUGGACUUGGCCGGGGGCCUCGGCGCCCUGAGAGCCCUGCGGGCGCGGGAGGAACCGGCCGCCCCCCCGGCGCAGAAGUCCCUGAGCCCGCUGCGGCUCGGCCCCCCCGACGGCGCGGCCGCCGGCCCCCUCGGCUGGCUGGAGGAGGGGCUGCCCUGGCCGAGCGCGGCCGCGGCCCUGGAACUGGAACUUCAAGCGCAGGGAAGAGCGUUGGACCCCGCCGCGCACGCCUUUCUCCUGCAGCCGCCGCUGUGGGGAGUGGAGCUGCUGCCAGGCAGCCUUCCGGCCCGUCUGCUCGCUGACCGCGAUCUUGGCCCUCCGCCCUCCGGGCCUCCGAACCUCCAGCGCUUAAGCAAUUUCGACGUCGUCUCCUGUUUGCUGAAGCUCUCCUAUCUGGACGGCCUUCCCCGGGCAGAGCUCGGCUGUCAGAACAUCGUCGGAGGUGGCGAGCCAGUGGGUUUCCAGACAGCGACCCCUGAGAGCGGCUACCUGUCUGAGAACCUUUCUCGUCCCCGGCCCCUGAAUGCAGACGUCACUCAGGCCUCGUGGCAGCGGUGUCCCCCGCUUUCUAGAGAAGGCCUGCCGGAAAUCCACCAUCUUCGUAUGAAACGGCUGGAAUUCCUUCAGCAGGCUAACAGGGGGCAAGAGUUACCCACCCCCGACCAAGAUCAUGGCUACCACAGCCUGGAGGAGGAACACGGCCUGCUCCGGAUGGACCUGAAACCCUGCGAAGAUGGGCCCACGCGCUGUGUCCACCCUGUUGGAGCCGUUCCCGGAGCCGCCCCGGAGCGCACUGAGGAAGAAGUAGAAUUGUUGACUAAAGGGGUUCCACUUGCCUUGGAAAGACAGUGCCCUUCGGAAAGCUGUCCAUCUGGUGAGGAACCUAUGGAACAAGAGCCUUCAGAGGACCAAAGAAGUGUAGUUGACUCCUCAGACAUAGAAGAUGACCUUCCCGCUUCCGCCAGACCAGCGUGUAGUAACAGAUUGAUAGAUUACAUUUUGGGAGGUGGAUCCAGUGAGGUGGAAACAGGUUCUGAUUCCGAAGGUGAGGAUUGGGAGGAGGAGGCUGAGGAUGAUGGUUUCGAUAGUGAUAGCUCGCUCUCAGAAUCAGACCUUGAACUAGACUCCGAAGGGCUUCACCUUUGGAACUCCUUCUACAGUGUAGAUCCUUAUAAUCCCCAGAACUUCACAGCAGCAAUUCAGACUGCUGCCAGAAUUGUUCCUGGAGACCCUCCUGACUCAGAGAAGGAUUUGUCUGACAAGUCCUCUGUAGAGACUUCUCCCCAGACUGGAAGCCUUCCUGAGUCUCCUGACGAUAAUUCUGGGGAGGAAGAUGACUGGGAAUCUAGUGCAGAUGAAGCAGAAAGUCUCAAACUCUGGAACUCUUUCUGUAAUUCCGAUGACCCCUACAACCUUUUAAAUUUUAAGGCUCCUUUUCAGACAUCAGGGAAAAGUUGGAAAGGCUGUCAUGACUCAGAGAGGCCGUCUGAGUCCACUGUGGCCAUUUCUGAGUGUCACGCCUUACUUUCCUGUAAGGUGCAGCUGUUAGGGAGCAGAGAAUGUGACUGUCCAGACUUGUUACAGGGUGGGGUUCUUUCUGGAGCAAGACACACGCAUAUCAAGAGAAAAAAGGUAACCUUCUUUGAAGAAGUUACUGAGUAUUAUAUAAGUGGUGAUGAGGAUCGCAAAGGCCCAUGGGAAGAAUUUGCGCGGGAUGGAUGCAGGUUCCAGAAACGAAUUCAAGAAACAGAAGAUGCUAUUGGAUAUUGCUUGACAUUUGAGCACAGAGAAAGAAUGUUUAAUAGACUCCAGGAAACAUGCUUCAAAGGACUUAAUAUUUUUGAGCAAUGUUAAGAUGGUUUGACAGUCUCUAGCCCUAGCAUACACUACCUCUUACUUGAGAGGUUUCUUUUAAAAACAAAAAUUGGCAGCUGUCCUUUGACUUGUUUUUAGAGGGUAUGCACCUUGGAUCCAAUAACCUAGUUUAAUAUUUUUUGGCAACAUGUCCUGCUCAGAAAUAUCCAGGUUUAAAGCAAGCCCUGAUAAUGAAGGGUGAGAUGGUGUCAUUUCUAAUCCUCCUGUUUUUGAUUUAGAUGGAUGUGUUUUUGAAUGCCAUUUGCUUGCUUGGGUGAAAAGGGGACCUUUUGAAGUGUAAUUUUGCACUUUCAAAACUUAUUUUCUUGGGCAACAAUGUUUAUAGGGUUUAGAGCCCAUUUUCGAUUCUAAUUUAAAUUGUGUACCCAUCUAAAAAUUUGGGGCUCUUCCCCCACCCCAACAUUCUGAAAUUAGUGGGCUUUUUUAUUUUCUCUAUAUAUUUUUUUCAGUGAUGUGGCCCUUCUACCUUAAGGCUAAGAAAAUAAUCUUGUAUAUACUACCAACUUAAAGUAUAUUAUCUUGUGCCACUUUUUUUUUUCCUUCUAAAUGACUUUGGUUGAAAAUAUGUGGUGGGUUUUUAUUUCUAGUUUAAUUUCUACCUAUUUCCAAGGACUGCCACAAAACCUACAUGUGCAGUACUCUGCUACUUUGGGAAAGCUGCAUCUUUCUGCCAAAUUUUGACGUCUAAUAUAUUUAACUUCUGUGCAGACUUUUGGAGAGGGUUCUGUAUAUGUUAUUGUAGUUCCUAGUUGAAUGGUUCUUUGUAUCUUGCAACAGGUAGAAAUUGUUGUAAAAGACUCCAGAAAGUAAUAAUUGCAUCAUAGGCAUUUGUUUUUUAAACUUAAAAGCCUAGAAUUUUCCUAGAAAGAAGAUAGGAGACAUCUCAGAGCAAUUUGGUUUUGUUGUAUAUGCUCUCAGCAGAAAACCAGUGUUAUUAAUACCAUGCCUCAGCACUGUCACUUUUAAAACCUGUCAGAGUGACACUAAACUUGGAGAUGGGCAGUUCUGAAUUUUCCAGUUUGAAAUGUAAGAUACAGACUUCAGUCAGUAUCCAAGGUUAUUGUGUUCUACUAUUGUAAUAAUGAGAGAAGUAAUGGCAAGUCUGUACUUUGAGGAAGGGAUAGAACUAUAGAUUUAACAACUAGAAAGUCUUAAUAUCUUUAGCCCAAAGUUUACUUUUGAAUCGAAGUUUCUGCAGUGACUGGUUGUGCUUGGUUUAUUUGGUUAGUUCUCCAUGUGUGCAUCUGUGAGGUUGAGGGAAUGUUAACCAGCUCCUAGUGGUCUGUUUCUGUUCCACGCACCUCCUGUCACAGGUAAUGGACAGCCUGAGUAGAAAGGUGACAGAUUUUGACCUUGUCUCUGUGGGAACCAAGUUUUCAUGAGAGGUGCUUGAAGGACUACUACCUCAGUUUAUAAUCUACCUGGUCGUUGUUUUCUUUCUUUCUGGUUUGCUCUAAGAACUGCCUCCAGUGUUAAUGUGUAUAUUCCAUAUGUAAACACACUGAGAGUGCUCAACAUGAAGGCUGGUCAGAUUUUCACAGAGCCCAUAUUCAGCAUGUUCUGGGCACCUCCACGUUAGAUAGUCACAGGGGAUGAGCCUGUGGAGGGUGGUGUAACACUGUGGAAACGGGCUAGUUUCAAGCACUAGCUGUGUCAGUGAGAAGGCAGGCGUCUUUCGCCUUGAAAAAAGCUUUCUGAAAAUGUGUAGGCAUUCUUUUAAAACCAGGCUAAAGUAUACUUUUAUUUCAGAGACUUAGGUUGUGUUUUGUGUUUCUGAAAUCUGGGACCUCUGCAUAUUUGAAAAUAGUGGGAUAUCUUUACAUUUAUAGGAAUUUGGGAAAUUGUUCCCUGGGAUUCCAGCCUCACUACCAAAUGAGUAAAAGCUUGAUUAAAAGUUCUCCUAUUUACUACCCUCCUUUUUUUUUUUUUUCUUGUGAGGAAGAUCAGCCCUGAGCUAACAUCCAUGCCAAUCCUCCUCUUUUUUAGCUGAGGAAGACUGGCCCUGGGCUAACAUCCGUGCCCAUCUUCCUCCACUUUAUAUGGGAGGCCGCCACAGCAUGGCCUGACAAGCAGUGCAUUGGUGCAUGCCCGGGAUCCGAACCCGGGCUGCCAGCAGCAGAGCAUGCGCACUUAAGCUCUACACCACGGGGCUUGCCCCUACUACCCUCCUUUAAAGGAAGUGAUCAGACGAUGAGAAGGACAGAAAGGACCAUUUUACGUUGGACUGAGGAGAAAAACAAAAUUCUUGUCAUUUUCAUCAAAUCUUAGUUGUUAGAACAAAGUUAAACCCCCACAAUCUUAGAAAAUCCUUGGAAGUUUUAAUUGAACAUUUUACACACUUAAAAGUCUUGCAAUGGUGCUUUAAGUAUCAAUGUAGCAUGUGAAAGGCUUUGUACAGACAGGUAAAAUUACCUUUUCUGAGUGUUGAAAUGUGAUAACAGCACCUCUUCAUCUUUAACUUGAAAUCAAAACUAUCAGAUUUUAUUUUUUUAUAAUUUAAGGAAGGUGGUUAGCAGAAGAGAAGACUUCUAAAUUGGCUUCUACAGAUCCAAUGAUUUAAAAGUAACCAGUUUGUUGGGAUUUUAUAGCUAAAAUUAUAUUUGUGUAUAUAACUUAACUAAUCUGUAAAUUGUAAUAAAUAUAUUUGCAAUUAUUAAAUGUUACAUGAUAUCUUGGUUCAA